AUGAUGCUAACAACGGAACACAUCAUGCACGGUCAUCCCCACUCAUCGGUGGGCGUGGGGAUGGGUCAAAGUGCACUAUUCGGAUGCUCAACUGCAGGUCACAGCGGAAUUAAUCAGCUUGGUGGGGUUUAUGUUAACGGUAGACCCCUACCGGAUUCCACACGACAGAAAAUCGUCGAAUUGGCUCACUCCGGCGCACGCCCAUGUGAUAUUUCCCGAAUACUUCAAGUUUCAAACGGAUGUGUUAGUAAAAUUUUAGGCAGAUACUACGAAACUGGAUCAAUAAAACCUCGAGCGAUAGGUGGUUCAAAACCACGAGUAGCUACAACGCCCGUCGUACAAAAAAUUGCCGAUUACAAAAGAGAAUGUCCUAGCAUAUUCGCGUGGGAAAUAAGGGAUCGAUUGCUGUCGGAGCAAGUAUGCAAUAGUGAUAAUAUUCCAAGCGUUUCAUCUAUUAAUCGGGUGUUGCGCAAUUUAGCUUCACAGAAGGAACAGCAGGCUCAACAACAAAAUGAGUCUGUCUAUGAAAAGCUUCGAAUGUUCAAUGGACAAUCCGGUGGUUGGGCCUGGUACCCCGGCAAUACGACGACGGCCCAUUUGACGCUACCACCAACGCCCACGGCAGUACCAACGAAUUUAUCGGGUCAGAUUGUCCGAGAUGAAAUUCCAAAACGCGAUAUUUAUCCAGGCGACAUUUCCCAUCCAAAUUCACAUGAAAGUACAUCGGAUGGUAACUCCGAUCAUAAUUCAUCCGGGGAUGAGGAUUCGCAGAUGCGACUACGAUUAAAGCGCAAAUUACAGAGAAAUCGCACUUCUUUUACCAAUGAACAGAUUGAUAGUCUGGAAAAAGAAUUUGAAAGGACGCAUUAUCCGGACGUUUUCGCACGGGAGCGGCUUGCAGAAAAAAUUGGUUUGCCAGAGGCACGUAUUCAGGUGUGGUUUUCGAAUCGACGGGCCAAAUGGCGAAGGGAAGAAAAACUGCGCACUCAAAGACGCUCGGUUGACAAUGUGGGCGGUGGUGGCAACUCUGGACGAGCCAGCACAAAUAAUCCUGCUGGAGGCACUGCACCUACUAGUACAACGGCGGCCAACAAUUCCACUUCCGGCAUUGUCAGCUCAGCCGGAACGGACGGAGCCUCGGGAGCAUCCCAUCCAGGUAACAACAACAACAACCUGGCUGAGACUUCUAAUGGACCAACAAUACAUGGAGGAGAUGUUAGCACUGCACAUACCAAUAAUUCUGAGAGCCCGCCCCUUCAAGCCGUUGCACCCCGCUUGCCCCUAAACACUGGUUUCAACACAAUGUACUCAUCUAUCCCGCAACCCAUCGCAACAAUGGCUGAAAAUUACAACUCGAUGACAUCGUCAUUAAGUUCUAUGACGCCCACAUGUCUGCAACAAAGGGAUAGCUAUCCAUAUAUGUUUCAUGAUCCGCUAUCCCUGGGAUCUCCCUAUGCGACACACCCACGAAAUGCAACAUGCAACCCUGCGGCGGCUCAUCAGCAGCCACCGCAGCACGGAGUCUAUGGUAACAGCUCGGCAGUGACAACAGCUAAUACAGGAGUGAUUUCUGCCGGCGUUUCGGUACCUGUACAAAUAUCGACGCAAAAUGUAUCCGAAUUGGCUGGCAGUAAUUAUUGGCCGCGACUUCAGUGAUCCUCGAUCUUUAGCUUGCCAACGGAACUGCUUUCCAAGGCGGCAGCAGCUGCUGCAGUUGCUGUUGCCCAUGUUGUGGAGGAGCAGCAUCAGCAUCAGCAUAAGCCCUCUAUGGAUAUGGAUAACCCACCAAUGCUUAUACCACAAAUAGCACCAUCUUCAGCCAUCUAUUUCAACUUGACGGAGAAGUCAACCACACAAACAAGUCAACAUCUAAAUCUAAAUCUUACGCCACCGACAACUCCAUCUGUAUCAUCCGUUUCCGUGAUGUCAACACCACCAUCCUCCAUGUAUACCGGUACUGCUCCGAUUUGUCAUACAAACGCCCAAUCUCAAAUGCCAAUCCAGAAUUCGAGUAGUUACCCCUCGUCAGUUCAUUGUCAUCUGCUCUAACAGAGUUAGUCAUCUCAAAUAAUCAUGUUUUUUAAUGCCUUAUCAAAGAGAAAAAAGAAAGUUCAAUUUAAUUGAUUAUGAUUAUUUUCUGAGGGUAGGGUCAUUCGAUUGUGUUCUUUUAAAAUCGUGUUUCCAAUUAAAUUAAUUGAUCAAAUUCUAUUCAACUUUAAAAUCAGAAAGACCAAACCAGGUUUGAUAUCAGGAUUGAAUAUAGGAACCUUAAUCUAAAGAAAAAUAACUUCAGGAAACCAUUAAGAAAAUCUCUCUUUUUACUAACUUACAGACUGAUUGACAAUUUGACAAUCAACGCAAAGUUAGUUUGUUUAGUAUGGUGGAAAUGUUAAAAUCGACGUUUUUAUUCUUUGUCCGAGCGGAUAAAACUUUAAACUUAAUUGCAAGGAUCUCUGCCAGAAGUAUAUCUGUACAUGUCUUACCGAUUUUAAAAAUUCGUCUACCUAUACGUGUUUGAUUGGCUUCAAAGUCUUUUUAUUAUAAUUACUAAUCUAGAGCCAAAGAGAAUCUUCUUAAAUUUACCAAAAAAUAGAUACAACUUUUAAGUUAUUAGAUUAUCACAUUCAAAAUCCCAAAAAAAAAAUAUAUAUAUAUAUAUACAUAUAUAUAUUUAUGAAAGUUGUUACCUUUUUAUUUAUUUUAAGAUUAGAAAAGUACUAUACAAGAGAGGCUUAUACAAGAAAGCAAACAAAUAGUAAACCGAAAAUAUCGAAGGAUAGAUUCUCUUGUUCACGAACAUUCUGAACUUCGGCUUGACUAGUAGAAUUUGGAUUGGGGUUACAAAUGUAUGAAUGAGGCUCGUGCGUAACGUUUCAAAAUUGAUUUCAUCAUGUUAUCUGGAUAAGCACACAUAUACAUACUCAAAAAAAAAUUAAUGUUAAGACACUAGACAAAAAAGAAAAUAGAUCAAUAUGAUCCCUUAUAGCGGAGGGGAAUCUAACGAAUACAAAUAAAAAAACGAAUAGAAUUGCAACGAAAUUUGAAUUACAAUUCCAACAAUGACAACCAUGCCAACCAUACAUCCUAAAGCACCUCCCUAGAAUUAAGAAAUACAAUUAAGUUAAAUAAAGUUAAUUAUAGAAUCGAUAUUUAUGUAUUGUAUGUAUUUAACCCAUGGUUCGAAUUUACGUAUAUGUAGAUCAAGUGGAUGUAACAUUUUAGUAUACUCGUAUAUCUAAUAAUUUCAACAAGAAAAUAAUAAAUUCAUAUAUGUAUGUAAAAACAAAA